AUGCGAAAUUCUCGCGCCAACCAUUUAUGGGGAACCGCUUUUUCCAAACUCUUCCCCAAGCGUUCUUCUCGAGAGAAAGAAGAACCAAAACCUCUCGAACCUGCUACUGAAAUCAACGAACUCACUGACGGCUUCUACAUGUACUCGCAGUCUCUACUUGAAGAAGAAGCGAAAAAGAGAGAAGCAGCCAUGGCGCACGAAAAGCAGAUGUCUGAUAGUUCGGACAAUUCUUUUGCUUCCGCUAUGAUGUCUCCUAUCGAGCGUCGCAUUCAUCCUUACGCUAUCGAUAACCCUGACUGGGAGCUGCCUGGCGCGUUAAUAGAGGAGAUCCGUGACGAGAAUGGCCUGGACAAGGUCAGCAGUAUCAUGUCUGUUUAUUCCAAGGUGUAUGGCGUUGCCAAGAUUGUCUAUGUUGCGUUUGUGAGCUUUGGCGUAGAGCUUGACGACUUCCCCAUGGGCUUCUUGUUCCACAUCAAGCGCGCUGAGGAAUAUGUGCGCUCUGUCUCUCUGGCCGAGCUGAAAGAAAUGGUCGAGAACUUGUAUUAUGCCGUGUACGCGAGACUCAUUGCCGAAAUGGCCAACGUCGAACUCUGCUCUUCGUUCACGGUCGAUAUCCGUCGUGCCUCUGCCAAAGACACAAUCGCUCUGCCCGAACCCAGCCACAUGUACAAGAUCUUUCUCUCGUGCAAGGAAAUCCUCGACUCGCCCAGCAUCUGCAGCGAGCUCAACAAGCACACUAUCCAAGUCUGCCAGGAAAACUUCAUCCGUCGCACCGCCAACCGCAUGUCCAGCGGCGGCUUCUCCCUCGACGACGUUCUCGGCUACCGCCGCCACAUCCUAACCGAAGUCUCCAACGAGCUCUCCCCCUUCUGCCAGAAAUGGCACCGCCUCUCCGUCCUCUACCGCAUGCCCGCCGCCGAAAUCCUUGCCGUCCUCUCCGAGAAAUACCUUUCCAUAAUGCCCAAAUCCCCCAUUGCCGAGGAAAUCCCCGUCUCCGACCUCCCCUUCAUCAACCCCGACACCAUCCGCCCGGACGUCUGGGAGCGCCAGAUCAUCCAGGACCACCGCCAGGCCACCCUCGCCAAGCUAGAGGGCAGGUCCAUUGGUGACAUCCGCCGCGAGAACAACGGCCGUCGUCUGCUGGAUUUCGUCAAGGAGCGGAAGUGCGUAUGUCCGUCGGCCUGCGAUUGUGCGCAUGAUUGCACGAUGAACGUCGAGCGCCCGUGUGUCUGUGCGCCGCGUAUGAUGCGGAUUAUGGUUGCAAAGCAGCGUCGGGGUCCGGGUGCGCAGCCGCUGGGUGUUAGGUGUAACGGGCUGGCUAAGGCUAUCUUUGACGGCUUGGCGGUGAUUAGUCGUGAUAUCGGGGACUCGCAGAUGGUCGCUGAACUGGGUAUUGCUGUUCAGCUUCUCGAGGAGGAGGUUCAGAAGGAGCGCAUGGGUGGUGAGUGA